GCUUCAUUCAUUCAUCUGUGUGUGUUGGUUCUGUCCACCAGAUGGAGGAGGUCUUCAAGCACCAAAGCAGGAAAUUCAUCCAUGCCAUCGAGAAGUCAGGUGGGCACGCCGUCUGUCGGUGCGCCUGCAGGCACUGCAUGUCGAUGUAUUUCUGUGUGUGUGUGUGUGUGUGUGUGGUCAUCCACACACAGGUGCCCUGCUGCCUCCCGAGGUUGUCUCCACAGCGGCUGUGGAGGCCGUCAAGAACAAAUCGCUGGUGAGUCGGGCCCGAACCAGUGUGUGUCGCUUUAUUUCCUUGCCCUUAUGUGACUGUCAGCCGAGUGGUCUGGUGAUACGAGUGACACCCCAGCUGGGCAUCGACUUUGCCCGGCUGCCUGGGAGCCCCUUUGCACAGCCGGUGGUGCCGGCGUCACUCAAGGCCUACAGCGAGAGGCUGGUGGCGAAGAUCAAGGAGAGGGACCAGAAGAUCGCCGCCAAGCUGUGAGGGCGUCUGUGUGGCUGCCGUCUGCACAAUGAUUGGACGACGCUAGAGUCAGACGCUAUUUUUGUGAGAAGGACUUGAGUUUGUCGUGUGUGGACUCAAUAGCUUUGAGUCGGCAUUGCGGUUGACAUCCAAGUAUCUGUGUGUCUUUUGUCUCAGCGCUCCUUGAU